UGCACACCAUCAUCAGACGACACUCGAGACCUCCUCGGCUUUUCUCGACUCGCAACUCGCGACUCGCACGAUCGACAUUCACAUUCCACUCGGCUCGGCAGAUCGCCUUGAUCGAGGACUGGAUCCCGCACGCCUUCAGAGUCUCGCAUCGACACGUCAUAUCAGCAGUCAGCAGUCUCCCGUGGCUCACGCUGUGCGCGUGCCUCCUCUGCACCCCGCCACUCGCCCUCGUCUGCUAGCUGGUCCACCUUUUGCUGGAGGCACACACGCAAUCUCGGCGCUACUCAUCAUGUCCACAUCCAGCACGUCUGUCGCCGAGCACGCUACUCGGCACGACGAGCAGAUCGCGCAUGCGCUUAGUGGAGAAGAUGCGGCGCUACAGACAGUGACGCCUCAAGAUGACGAUCCUUUUGAUUGGGAGAGCUACAUAUCGGCAUACAAGGGGCAAACGCAAAUCGCCCGGCUGUUGCACCUCGCCGAGAGGUCUCCAGCUCUGCGUCUCGUAUGCUCUCAAGCAGCCAUCGCGCUUCUGCGUCAAGGUCAAGACACGAAGCAGUACCUGUAUGCGUUCCGAAUACGCGAUUCAGCUGGUCCAGCAUCUGGCGCUGAACAGCUGCAAAGGCCAAACCACGCUUGGGUGCAACAGGCCGAUCUAGAGAAUGAGAAGGAGCUGGAGAAGCUGGAUAUCGAGCUGAGAGGGUAUCAGAACAACAUGAUCAAGGAGAGCAUUCGUAUGGGCCAUCGUGAUCUGGCAGAACACUUUAGAGCGACAGGCAGGAUGAGCGAAGCACUUCAAUGCUACCAAAAGACGAGGGAAUUCUGCUCCACCAGCGAACACGUUGUAGAGAUGUGUUUGGGUGUGAUCGAGAUCUCGCUGGAGCUGCAAAACUACACGAACGUCUCCACCUGGGUCUCCAAAGCUGAAGGUGUGCUGGAGACGUACAAUCCCAAUGCCGCGGCCGCUUCUUCCUCUGCUCGCAAGACGAGUGGUGCAGACCAAGCUACAGCUGAUAGAGGAGUCAAGGAUCUCGCAGCUAGGCUGUCCAUCACCGCUGCGCUUGCCCAGCUGGGGAUGGGCAACUUUGAGAAAGCGGCUAGAAUCUGGCUCGGAUUGCCUGGCGAUAUCAUGUCUCCUGCCGACAUUGCGCUCUACACUGUUCUCUCUGCCCUCGCUACCUUUGAUCGAAGGAGGUUAAAGAGCGCGCUCGUGGAUAGUGCAGCAUUUGCAGCCUUUUUGGAGCAUUCACCUCACUCUAGAGCUAUUCUAGAGGCCUUUUACGCUUGCGACUACAAUGGGGGCUUGCACCUUUUACAAAAGUGGAGGACUCGGCACCAUCUGGACAUUCACCUUGGACCCCAUGUCCCAACGCUCAAGAUGAUGCUGAUCACUCGCAUGAUGCAGCAAUUUCUGCAUUCGUUCGACAGCGUAAGCGUCUCGCGCGUGGGCGACGCUUUCGGCUGGACGGAAGCCCAAACGCUUCCGGAGCUGAUUGGGUUGGUGCAGAGGGGAGAGGUUCAAGGAAGAUUGGACUUGACGCGAGGUGUGAUGGAAUUAAAGAGGAGGGACAAGAGGCAAGAGUUGUUUGAUGAUGCGAUCAGGAUUGGGGAGAAGAGGAUCACCGCUGCUAAACGGCUGCUUUUGAGAUUGGAGAUGAUUGAGAAUGGACUCAUCGUCAGAGGCACUGGACCGACCGUGCCUCGAGGCGCCUGAUCGAGCAGCGAGCACGCACGCACGCACGCGUGCAAGGCUCCGAUUCCACAUGCUCCUCCUUCACCUAGCUGCUUUCGACUUUGACAAGCGUCCUCAUCACCACAACAUGGGUUUCGUGCGCUUCGUGGCAACUGCCCACGCCCCCUCGCGAAGUAGAUUCGUCAAUGACAUGCAUGUCGACUCAACUCCCAAGUAAGGCGGCGAGCGAGCGCGACGGGUCACGCGUGCAUGCAUGAGGAAUCAAGAUAUAAACAAAUAC